GGCUUUGCCGGACUUCGCCGCGGUGGUGGCCGGGAUUCUGGAGGAGUUUCAGGCUGGGCGGGAGGGAGGAGAGGACUGAGGAUGGCUGGAAGCGGCUGCGGCCGCACUCGCCGGUGAAGCAGUCGAAGAUGGGACGGCGUUGGGGACGUUAAGGACCCCUUCUUCUACCCCCAUUCCUGGACCGGCAUGGCCGGGCUCAUCAAGAAGCAGAUCCUGAAGCACCUGUCCAGAUUUACUAAAAACCUUUCCCCUGAUAAAAUCAACUUGAGCACACUGAAAGGGCAGGGGCAGCUGACCAACCUCGAAUUGGAUGAAGAAGUUUUGCAGAAUGUUUUGGACUUGCCAACUUGGCUAGCUAUUACUCGUGUCUUUUGUAAUAAGGCUUCCAUCAGGAUCCAGUGGACAAAACUGAAGACGCACCCAAUUUGUCUGUAUUUGGAUAAAGUGGAAGUGGAGAUGCGGACCUGUGAAGAGCCCCGGCCACCCAAUGGACAGUCUCCCAUCGCUCUUGCUUCAGGACAAAGUGAAUAUGGUUUUGCUGAGAAAGUAGUGGAGGGUAUGUUUAUUGUCGUCAAUUCUAUCACCAUCAAGAUCCACUCCAAAGCCUUCCACGCUUCUUUUGAACUGUGGCAGCUUCAAGGAUACAGUGUCAACCCCAACUGGCAGCAAAGUGACCUGCGCUUUACUCGUAUUACUGAUUCACACAGGGGAGAGGUUUUAACCUUUAAAGAACUCACCUGGCAGACUCUUCGGAUAGAGGCAGAUGCUACAGAUAAUGGAGAUCAAGAUCCCAUCACCACACCUCUGAGACUUAUUACCAACCAGGGCAGGAUCCAAAUAUCUCUUAAGAGAAAGACAAAGGAUUGCAAUGUGGUUGCAUCCAAGCUGAUGUUUCUCCUUGAUGAUCUGCUGUGGGUGCUGACUGACUCUCAGCUGAAGGCAAUGAUGAAGUAUGCAGAGUCCUUGAGUGAAGCCAUGGAGAAGUCAGCCCAGCAGAGGAAAUGUUUGGCUCCUGAACCUGUCCUGAUCACACCACCUGCUCCCAGUGCCCAGCAGUCUUGGCCCCAGUCAUUUGGGAGCAGCCACAAAGCAAUCAGCCAAUACUUUGAGAAACAUGACAUGAAAGAGUCUUCUUACCACCUUCUCAUCUCUCGCCUGGAUCUUCAUAUCUGUGAUGACAGUCACACUCGAGAAACAGGUGCUUCCAGACAUGGAAUAAUGGGAGGUGCAAUGCAGCUAACCUUUAGGAGGAUGGCUUUUGACUACUAUCCUUUCCAUUGGGCAGGAGACACCUGCAAUCACUGGGUGCGGUAUUGUGAUGCCAUGGAAACCCGGGAACAAUGGGCCAAAAAGCUGGUGGGUGAAUUCCAAAACAAAAUGGGAAAACAUGAUGAAGAAAUGAGCUCCAAAGCUGCAGGAAGGGAGUCUCCUUUCAAAAAGAAACCAGACAUUCUUUCUAGUUCUCAAGAAAACUCGCCAGAGAAAGGUGUACCUCAGGCAAGCAUACCACCUCCUACCCUGUUCAGAUGUCCGCAGCCUGCAUGGAAUAGACUCCGAUCCAGCUGUGUGGUUGUCAGAGUUGAUGAUUUGGAUAUUUAUCAGGUUUCCACUGCUGGGCAGCAUAGUAAGAAACCCUCAACCCUGCUUUCAUGUAGGAGGAAGUUGUUGAAUCUUCCUGACCAAAUCUCAGCCAUUCAUAUAGAGUUCACAGAGUACUACUUCCCAGAUAAUCCAGAUUUUCCAGUCCCAUGUCCAAACCUCUACCUGCAGCUGAAUGGUUUGACUUUCACUUUGGACACACUGAGCAUGCUUUGGGUGAACUUGUUCUGCCUUGAUCUCUAUCGCAGCCUACAGCACUUCAAAGCUAUUUACAAGUUGGAAAACUCUGGAAAGCAGAAUGAGCACAUCGAUGUCAGACUGGAUGGCUUCAUGCUAAAGCUAAACAUCCCAGUAGAGAAGAAAGUAGUUGAACACCGGGACCGUCCCCAUUGUCUCUCCAUUCGCAUAUCAGAAAUGACAGCUACCAAUACACGACACGCUCCUCACUGCAGCUGUUUGGCUCUCCAGAACUUAUUCCGUCGAUUUGCUGCUUCAGAAUUCUUCCACUCUAGCUAUACCCAGUUUCCUAAAUUUCAGGACAGCUUCAGUCUUCUCCACACCCUCUUCUUGCGUCAUGCAUACCAGGUGGACACCAAAGCCCAUAAAUAUGCGGACUUUCACCAUUCCCCUCGCAAGUGCUCUGCUUUUGAAGACCUUUGGUCUAUUAAUUUCAUCCAGAUUUCGCUGGACUUUGAAGGAACUAAGAGCUCCAGAGGCAAACCCCUUAACUUUAUCAACUCAUUCCCCCUGUGUGUAUGGGCUUGCCUCCCAAAAAGGUGGGAAGAAGCCCGGAUGUCAAAGCUGCGGGUUUCUUCUGCCUCAUCAAUUAAGAUCAAGCCUUCCACUAGCUUUAGUAACCAUGCCAAACAUGGGGACCUUUCCAGAGAAGAGCAGUUCUGGCAAAGAUCAAAGACUGAACAAAACUUUAAAAGUAUAUUCAACACCCCAGAGGCAAAGGAGGUCUUGGAAGAGGAAAACUAUAGUGUUAAUAAUGAAGCAAACGAUAAAGAUAUGGAAAUAUCUGCUGAUAUUCAUAUACUUUUGUAUUCAAGUGCAGAAGUGAAGGUGCGACUCAACCAUUACCAGUAUUUGAUGCUACUUAGGAUGAGGGAAGUCCUACAGACUUUUCAAGAACAAUUGUUGCAAGACACCCAGGAAAUAACUGGGUCCGCUUUAGAUUCCAUAACCACUUGUAUGGGCAUCAUGUUCAACAAUGCUGAACUGGCUUUGCUAAUGCAUCCUAUUCCAGGUUUUGUAUCAGAACCUAGAUCUGUAGACUCAGAUACUACCAGUCUAUUAGAAUCUGAACUCUCUCCUUCAGAGAGCAGGGAGGGACUGGCUACUGAAGGCAGGGAGCUGAAGUUGGAUGUUGGCUCGGAGAAGAGAGAAGGUAGCCCCACAAAAGUACUAGAAGACAAUGGAAUUGAUAACACAGAUAUUAGGGUGACUGCAUUGCAGGAUGGAAUGCUGAAAUCCCAGAGUGAUGGAUCCCUAGCAGGAGAAGAGUACCACAGCCCAGCCACUGUGGAAAGAGGCCCUAUAGAAGAAGCACAUGAAGCUGAAGAAACCCUUGGGGCAGAUAGACAGCGUGAGCUUAGCAAUCUUUCUCCAAUUCCUCAUGUUGUUCUUUCCAGUCCUCCUUCCGUUGUAGAUCCUUUAGGUGGCAUACGAGUCUCCCUAAAUGGGCAAGAAGAGCUGAUCCCAUUGAAGAAUAUGGAGAUUGAAUUAUCAAGUGCGCUUCAUAUAACGAAGGAUGCCACUAAGGAAGCCUUGCAUGUAACUAUGGAUCUCACCAAAGAAGCCAUGUCUAUGACAAAAGAUGCUUUAAGCUUGAGCAAGGAAAAGAUGGCUUCAACUAUGCAGAAAAUGUUUCAUCCUCAAACCAAGGAUCCUGCACCUAAGCCUGAAGAGGGGUUUUUGACUCCAGUGGGAAGCGGCGGUGGACGAAUGCGUUUCUUCUCCAUGAAGAGGACUGCCUCCCAGCAUUCUUUUGAUACCAGCUCACUUGAUGGCAGUGGUCUUGAAGAUAGGCUGUCUGUGGAUAGUGAUGGCAGUGACGGUUUUGUUAUGCUUAUAGAUUCUGAACCUAGCCUGGAUCCGCUUGUCCCAGGACAUUCCCAGAUCCUUGAUGAUGGAGGCAACCUAGCAAGUCCAAUGGCAGAUGAAGAAAAAGGAUCUACAUAUAUCAACAGCUCACGUUCUCAGAGUGAAGAGGAGUCCAGCCCCCAGCUGGUCUCUGUUUUGGUGCUGAAAAUGAAUGAAUUAAAUUGUGUGAUAGAAACAAAAAGAGAUGAUUUGACGCUUGCCCUUCAGGCUAUGGAGGUAUCCACUGAAUCCCUAGGAAAUAUAAGUAUGUGGCACUAUCUGCAGAGUGAAUGCACAGGAGAUCCAAAUUCAGAGAGGCCUGCAGCCACAGAAACCAACCAGACUGAGCCUGAAGUAUGUUUACGAUUUGAAAUAGGACCAAGUGCUGCCGUGCACUCACCUCUGGCUGUCCAAAAUGGAUUUUUCCACUUGCUAGUCCAUAGCUAUCAUGCAGAGCUGCUGACAUCCUCUCUUUCCAGCCUUGGAUAUUUCCUUGAGGAUGAGGUGAUCCCUGAAGUUAUUCCCAUGAAGAUUGAAAUUGUGGAUGCCAAGAUUACACUGAAGGAUGACAGUCCUCGAAUAUACCCUACUUCUCCUGGUCCUAUUCCUAUAAUUCUAGCAGUGGACAAUGUUGUUAUUCAUUGUAAAGAUGAUGGAGUGUUCUUUAUAACAGCUGCACAGGGGGAAGGUUCAUCAGUACAGACAAAGUCUCAGGAAGACCUUAAAAAACAGUGGAUCCCAGCAGAGAGAAUCUCUGCAGUAGAUGAUGAAAUACAGCUAAAAGAAGUGCCAGCUUUGGAGAGAGAACUACAGGUCACUAAAAGGGCCCUAGCAGAAGCUAAUCUGGACAAAGUGCGCCUACUACAGGAAAUUAGGAAAUAUGAUCCUCUGUUCCAGCUUUGACAGCAGAAGCCUGGGCUACAGAUGCUCAGGGCAACCAGAGAUUACCACCAGCAUUUUUUUUUAAAUUGCUUGUUACUUGGCCAACAAACUAGGCUAUCUUCAGUUCAGAUGCCUUGAAACAGAGUGCUAUUACAAGAAAUGGAAGUAUUAAAAGGAAGAGGAGGGUUUGAUUUGGUUUUGUGGCCAUUGUACCUGGAUCUAGAUAGCAUGAACCUACACUUCUACUAAACUAUGGCAGUGUUGAAUCUAAAGCAGCAAAAGCAGACAAGGAAGAGCUAGGUUUCUAGCCUGUCCAAGUUGUCUUAAAGUGGUGCUGACAAACUGCUAAUCUUCACCACACACCUGCUUCCUCUGUUGCUGCUAGAGGUGGCAGGUAGUGUUGGGGAUGUGCGUGCCAUACACCAAAGCAAUAAGGUCAGUCUGCCUGAGGCCUUGUUAGCUAUUGAAAGUAAAUUUCUUAGGUUCAGGUUGCUGCACCAAAGUCCUAAGACUUAGUAAAAUAGGGCUGGAAGGCAGGUCCAGCAUGGGAAAGAGCUUGCUAGAAAUGCAAACAUCAGCAUCUGUCCUGGUAUAGAAAAUAAAAUGUGGGUAGCUACAGUUUCCUAAUAAAUGGCUUUCUACCUUCCUUUUCCCAUAACACUCAGUUAGUGGAGUGUUGAAAUCACUGGCCUGUCUUUUCGUCCGCAUUGUCCACCUCUUCCACCAUUGCCUUGUUGCAGCACCACAAUGUUACUGUGUACAGCUUGGCAAGAAACUGCCUGUUUGACAAAAGUUGUGUUCCUGUCUGAUAAAACAUGUUGGAAGCAUUUUUUCUUCACAUUCUACUUACACUGAUAACCUUGGACAGGCACAGAGGAAGUAGGUCUUCAGAACUCUGAGUCAUGCACUAUAGUUGGGUACCUUAUCUGGUACGUUAUAAACCAUGUAUAGUAUCUUGCAACAUCUUCUAAUCCAGACUAAUGUUGGUAGAAACUGUUCUAAUGUGUGAUCGUAACACUGCUGAAUACUCAGACCCUUUUCUUUGCAGCUUUGACUUAUGUAUGCUAUUUAUGUGAUUAUCUGGAAUGAAGGAAACAGAAGUUGUGUAAAGUUAAGCUCUGGAACUCACUAAGCUAGUGCUAGUUUUCUUGGGUGCUUUCAUAAUGAUAAAAUAUCCAACAUAAUUUUAGAGAGGGUUUCUUCACAAAGCAGCUGCAACAAGCAAGGUGUGAUGAAAUCUACAUAAUGGGAAAUGAUUAAAGCAAUGAGGAAAGAAAAUCUUCAUAAAAAUAAUCUAGGGAUUCUAUCUUUAGAGCCAGCCUCUAAAUUAGUACAAGAUUAUUCAAUCAGUUAGUUUCAGGCACUGGUCAAGAAAGUGAAUAUACACCCACGUUCCAUAGAGAGCACAAGAGGCUCAACAGCUCAACCAGGGCUGCACAACUUCAACCUGCCAACUGGAUUACAGCUCCCAUAAUCCCCACCACAGUGGCCAAUAGUCAGGGAUGAUGGGAGUUGUGGUCCAACAGCUGCAGGUGGGCUGCAGUUGUGUGGUCCUUAGACAAAUGUGAAGAAGACUGGAGAUAAUCCUUCCUUUGAGGCAUUGCAAUGUUUAACUGCAACUAAUAUAAUCCUGUUCUGUGCUCUGCUGAAGAGACACCCACAGCAUCUGGCUGUAAUAGGAGUCUCUUGCAUUUUAAUGCAUUUCAAACUUUUUAUGGGUUGGCUUUCCAGAUGUUUGUUAUAUUAAGGUACUAUUUUAGUAUUUGUGGAUGCAAAACAAGUUGAUACUUUACAUGUGCUCUAUAUUCUAACAACAAAGGGGAUAGCAAAUAUUUCAAAGCCAGAUGCUGGUUGCAAAUUCAGAGGCUGCAUUUGUCUUUGUCUCUAUGAUUCAGUUGAUGUAUACUUUACUGCUGUGUACACUGGAUUUCAGUAGUGUUCUACUUGAGAGAGAACGUAGCUAUGACUAUAAACCUGAUUGUGUUCUUGCACAAUUUAAGAGAAAUGUGAAUGUGAAUAUGUUAACUUAAGUUUCAGAAAUCAGAAUUGCACAUAAUUAGGUAAAAAUAUAUAUGACUACUGUAAAAUUGAUGUGUUUCAGGGUCUGGAAGUUGGAGGCAAGUUCGAAAUUAGCUCUUUUCCUUCAAGAAGUCAAGCAUCUUACAUUUAGGAAGGAAAUACUUGUACAUAUUUGAUUACUUGGACUAUAUAAUGUUUCAAAUGGCUAUUAGCAGCUUUAGAUGUAUUUUUAAAAGAUACUGCUCACAUCAUAAGAUAGCAGAAAGUCUGAGUAUGCAAUUGUUAUACAAUGUCCCUUCAAAACUAUAGAUGGAAUGAAUAUGUUGCUCACAAAGAGAAUGGAACGCAAUGAAAGUCAUAAAUUGUGCCCUAUUUUUCUUUACAUUAACCAGAUAGUUGGAUAGAUAAUACCACAAUUGGUUAGUAUGCCAUAGCUAAUUUUUGUUUAGUACUUGUUGAACAAUUUGUAGCUUAAUGGCAAUGCUAGUCCCUAACUACAGCUGCAGAAUAGGACUUUUUUGUCUCCAACAUCUGCUUGUCUGCCUUGAUCUGUCUGCCCUGGAGCAGUCACUGUGUGACCUUCACUAUAUGAAUCAGAAAGAGCAACUAAAGCAAUUUUUGUUAGGUGUGUGUGGAGGGGGGGGAAUCUGUCUUCCGCUGCCUCAAAUAAUUUGCUAGCCCUUGAGGCUAGCAGAGGGCUGUUGAACUCUAAAAAGCUUUGCGGCUGCACUGUAGCACUGUCACUUUCUUUAAUUCAGCCGUGAUUAUUUUUGCAUGACUGAAAGUGCUGUAGCUUCUGGUUUUUCAUUUUCUAGGGGCAAUCACCUUUUGCUGCUACAUUGUUUCUCAUGCACCCGUUUUGCAACACCCCUCUCAAACUCAGGCCUUGUACUAGAGCAUCAUACAGUGAAUUGUUCUCUACAUUGGAGGGUACUCCAGUAGGCAGUCCUCCUUUGAUGCAGUGGCAAAUCCCUCUUUAUCAAAAGAGUAUUGUGCUUUACAGUUAUCACCCUUGCCUCAUAAAUAGAACUGUGGUGUUGAUGUCUGGAAGUUUUACCUUUAUGGGACAAACAGUGCUGUUGCUCUAUGAACUAUAACUUAGGCAGCAUCACUAAACAAAAUAUCUCAUGUUUAAUCCUACACUUUGUGAAUUUGACCGGCAACCUGCUAGUUGUGAGGUAUACUAUGUGAAAUUAGAGCUUUUUUCUUAAACACUAUCAAUGAUCAACUGCUCAAAGACAUUUAAAUAAGCCUGUACACUCCCAUUUUCUUCUGCUUGUUGAAUAAGACUGAAACAAGAUGGUCUUAACCACAAACAUGGUUAGAUUUCAUACAAAUCACUAUUGCUUACUUUUGUUUUAUGUGAAUGCUGAAAACAUUUACUUCUCUGCAGCAUGUUAGACGUGUUGAAAGACAAGUAUAGAAGAAUCAUACACAAGGGGUGUUUAGCUGCAGUAUGCCUGCUUCCCUACUUCCUUAUGCUCCAUCAGUUUCAGCAUUGUCUGAAAUUAGUUUUCUAGCAGUUACCAAUACUACUAUUUGGCUUAAAAUAAGGCAAAUGUAAAGGAGAUGCAGCAAUGUCAAAAGGGCAUGGCGUAACUUGUUUGGUUUUAAUUACAGAUAGCACAGAAAGGCCUUGCUUAUCAGCCUUAUUGUGGUGGAUGCUGUCCAGAUGCUUCCCUCUGCUGAAGGCUGACUUAUUCCACUAAGAGUUUCAACUAGAAAUGGAAGGAAAUCCAUUGCAGCCAAUAUGGAUAUAUUUACUAAAGUACUCAGCUGAGAUCCUGUUCCUAAAGACAUAGCCCCUUUUCAAUGCUCUGUUUAAAUGUUAAGAGGCCAAGAGCAAUACUUAUUGUAUAAUGCCAUAACUGAUAUCAAGGACUUAGUUCCUUUUUACUGUAAGGCUCUUCUAAUUUCUUGUGACUCCAACUAGGAAAGCUAUGAGUGUAGGCAACACAAUGGGUACAAGUCUGACUUGAAUUUAAGCCAUAGACAGUAUUGGAUUAUUUUAUGUUGCAGUAUAUCAUUUUCUCCAAGGAUUGUACUGGUUCUGUGAACCACUUUUAAAAGUUAUAAAUUAAAUAAAUCAACCUUGGUUUAUGCUGA